AUUAUUAUAAGUUUCUUUUGGUACAAUAAUAAAUAUUAAGUGUAAUAAACAGUUAAAUUUAUACAUCUGAAAGGAUAACCAUAUCGAUACCUUCAAGCGUAUUGUGGCUCUUAGUUUAAAAGUAAAGUUUUAUACAAAGUUUAUUUGAAAGGUGUUAAUUAAAUAAUAAUGAGUCACCUUUUGGCUUGUAGUAUUCUCGAAAGAAGUAAAUUUGGAGAACCAAUAUGGACUUGGGCUUAUCCAAGUUUAACAGAAUCACAGAAGAGUUAUGUGAUCAAGAAAACUCCAAUAGAAGACCAGAAAACCUUUUUUUAUGGAAAAGUUAAAAAUAUUUGGUUUUAUGUUAGUGACCUAAUGGAGGGAAACCCUGAAAAGUUUCCAGAUGUUCAAAAUUUCUCUGUCAUUCUUUGGGCUCGAGAUUUCAAUCCAGAUAAAUAUCAAAAACUCGGACAUGUUUUGAGUCAAGUGUAUGGCAAAACUGCUGACCCCACUCAGGUCUUACAGCAUUUCAUUAGCGUCAUGACAAUCGGGAUUUGCAAUAUCGAUGGAAAUGGCACUCCCAUGGAAUUUGGUAUGGUCGGAAAGUAUAAGAAAACAGACUUAAAAGAGUUGAUCAAACAUUUUGGAUUGGAGGCAAUAGUCAUUUACAGUGCCAUGUUAUUGAAAAAACGAGUUAUUGUGUACCAUCAUGGUCUUAUUCAACUUUUGGAGUCAUUAAAGACAUUUCCGUCAUUUAUUCCUCACAGAAAAUUUGAUGAAACACUGUUCCCAUGGUUUGAAGUAACUGAUGAAGGGAUAGCCGCUUUAAGAAACAGGAAAUUUUUCGUCGCUGGUUGUUAUGAUAACAGUAUCCUCUCGCACCCAGAGCUCACCGAUAUUUUUGUAAAUAUUCCAGCAAAAGAAAUAACCAUAACUCCUCAGUCUAAAGAUGGUUUAGCCAUGACGAAAAUUCAGAAGGAUGUUGCUUUGUUUUUAGUCCAGUUAUCAGAGAGUGAAUCGUCUGAAGAAGAUGUAAUAAAAAAGAUCGGUGAAAAAACUCAUGAGAUAAUUGACAAUAUGAAGAGCAUGACUUCAACUCGCGAUGAUGGAAGAGAAGUUCUCUAUAUUUCUAGAUUGAAAGAAAAUGAUGUCAAUCCUGCAAUGAUGACGUUCCUUAUUCAACUUGCAACAGCUGAAAAUAUUUUAGUGUUAGAAACCGAGGCUUGAAGACUAUCGUACAUUUCAAUAACAUUUGAAAUUUUUAAAGGAAAUUUUGAAUAUGGUUUCGUUCUUCU